AAAUGAAACAUUCAAAUGUUGGUAACGAUCGCGUGAAGACGUCUUCAGCGUCCGCGGCAACGGUUUUGUAUUAAAUCUUUUGGGAAAAUCUACUCAACUCAAACGACUUCCUCAACUGCGGGUGUCUAUAAAGUGAGUGAAAUAACGGCAACAGCAAAGAUUGGCGCACGACUAACACACACACAUACAUACAUAUCUACAUAGCUAUAGACUUACUUAUAUAAAGCAAAAUAACUUUAGAAGAAAUACCACGAGUAACGAGAAAGAGUGCAACAUUUGUUAAGACCAAGAAAUCGAGUGCAACAAGUUUGGAAAAAAAACUAACAAACAACAAAAAUAACAGCGGCAUAUAUACAUCAAGCCAACAGCAGUGACAGCUAGCAGUGACAGAAAUGCGAACUUUUAAAGAUUUUUUUGUCUUUAAAAUGGAAACACCAAAUCUGGCAGUAAAAUUUGCACUCAGCGUUCUACUGCUCGUCACAGUGUUUAGCGUCAGCAGCGCCGAAACAAACAACGACAACACGCCAGCACGUGUUUUAGCCAAACAAACCGGCGCCGCUCAGUUCGAGGAGGAACGUUAUGAGACGCACACAGAUUGUACAGAACACAAACAUCACCUGAAGAAGCGCUCUUCCGAUGAGGAUGUAGACUAUGAGGUGUAUCAGGGGGUGGUCGGCAGGCCAGGUAUAGAUUUUCCCAUCUAUCCACGUAUACCGAAAACGACUUUCAGUUGCCGCUCAUUCGGCAAUGGUUACUUUGCCGACAUGGAGACAGAUUGUCAGGUAUUUCACAUCUGCGAAGACGGACGCAAGAUAUCAUUUCUUUGUCCCAAUGGCACAAUUUUUCAACAAAGUGAACUCACUUGUGAUUGGUGGUUCAAGGUGAAUUGUCUCGGCUCUCCCGGUUAUUAUGCAGAUAGUGCCGAGAUUCUCAAUAAACAGCGCGUACAGCGCAUAAGACCCUCUGUACCGGUCCAAGGUUUUAAUAUUGUCGGUGGUGGUCUGAAUAUAAAGCCAAAAGUCACCAAUCAGGUACCACGCCCAAGACAAUCAGUAAAUCCAGAGCGACGUUUCGACUCGAAUGAGGAACCCUCUCUGGAGAAUGUGGAUUUUGAGGAUCUUUCCGGCGAAAAGCAAUUGAAGGGCGAAAAAACACAGAUACCAGCGAGUAUCGACAACAAUAACAAUAACGAUGAAACACAAAUUACAGCUGAAAGUGGAUCCUUUGUAGAUGGUCGAAGACGCAACAGUUUUAGCUACGAAAAGCCAAAUGUAGACGUAGUGGAAACAAAAUCUGCAGAAAGUCGUGGAAGAAAUAAUGGACGUAGCAGUGCUUAUGUCGAGGGAAGGCGUGGAAAUGGAAAUAAUAAUCUGGAUGCCAAUAAAAGUGAUAAUAUUGGCACCAACAGCAGUAGUAGUAACGGUAAUGGGGCCAAAAAUGUAAAUGAAAAAUCAAAUAGAAACCUAAACGUAAAUGGCAAAGAAAAUGGUAACAGAAGCGGCAAUAGCAGUAACAAUGGCAAUAGCAGCAGCAUAGAUAACAGCGGUGAUCGUUCUUCUGCCACACGUAAAGGCUACAAUUAUCAAAAGGAGUCUGCGGAACGUGCGCGAGAUGGUAAACGUGGUCAACAACGUUAUCGCGAAGAUACCAAGCCUCAACUCAGCUCGUUGGAAUCUAAAGAAGUAAGCGUUGAAAGCAGGGAAUUCAGUAAGAAACCUUCUUUGCUCGAGAAACCGUUACGGCAAGUAACGGCAGGGGAAGGUCGAGCGAAAUCACGUGCCAGUUCCUCUAUUAAAUCUGAAGAAUCAGACUCUAAUGAGCCAAGAUACUCGACACGUUUCGUAGAAUCCCGUAUACCCAAUACUACACCAUAUCAAGCGUUUGGCACAUAUUCGACAGCACGACGACUUGAUACGACACGCAGUACACCCUUCUAUACACCAACCGUACCAACAGUGGCUAAGUCUAAGGCUACUGAAGGCAAAGGAUUUUACAUUAAGGGUUCCCCAGUUGUGGGAUCAAAUAUUGUUGCUUCCACACCAAAUCCCAACCGUCACAAUAUUGGCACUGAAACCUCUAUUGGAAACAAACGAAGAGUGAUUCCACAGGAUACCACCUCAAAUUCAACACCCAUAACAACACUUCGACCACUUAUUAUUGGAAUGCGAUACAAUCACGAACCAUCCAGUGAGAAACAUAAAAUUGCAGUCUCGUCGAAGAGUUCAUUUGAUGUAGAUUUACCAGUGCAACGAGCAAGAAAACGUCCAGACUCUGCGGAUCUAACAACAACUUCAACAACACCAGCGCCCACAGGGCCCACUUAUUUGCCACGCAAUGCUGCACGUCCGAAGACAACUUCAAACUCGGGUGGUGACGAUUUCCUCUUUGCACCUCAACCAAUCAUUGAGGACAACGACUCAGUGACACGCAAUGUUCAAGAAAUGAUAAAGACUAUUAACAUGUUGAAAACUAAAUUCGAUGAUGUUGAUCAGUCGAAAUUCCAAGGACAAGCACGAGAAGGUUUAGAUAUACCACCCUCAUCGGGGCCUGAUGCUUUAGUCUCAUUGGCCAAAUACUUUGCAAAUGAGCAAAAUGCUGCAUCAAGCAACUCAGUAAGUACAUCAGCUGAAAGCAAAGACAUAUCGCGCACAGAUGCAAGCAUCCCCAUAACGACAUUGAAAUACUCAGUAAAACCCAUAAAAACCGAUGAACAAGUCGUUGAAGCUACAAUCACACCAAAUAUUGGUGUUAGCAAAAAGUCCGAUGAUAUACACGCUAGUUUGCUCAGCGACCGCACUGUUAACCAGUAUUCAAACCUAUUUGGAUUGCAAACUGCUGGUGGAAAAUCAACUGAAAACAUCGCUGGGCGUAGCAAUGGUGCUAAUGGAUCCAGCGCAUCGACUGAUCAGUUUAACAUAUUUCCACAAAUUGGUACGACCGGUGCUACAAUUAGUCAGCUGGCCGACGAGCCCGAUUCACGUAAAAUUGCACAUGUCUUCUCGGAAGCCAUAUCUAGUUAUUUGGAAGAUCCCAAAACAUUCCGAGCACAACUUGAAGCAGUCCGGCCAACUGAACCGACGAUAGUUAGCGGUAAACCAAACUUCGAGCCCGUGACAGUGACAGACAGGUCAUUGUUUAACUCAGGCACAGCUGCUACAUAUCUUCCCACACAGUCGCCAGUAGUUACUGAAUCGCCAGCUACCGCAUCGAGCAUCGCUGCCGAAAUUAACAACAACUUCGACUUCUCUACACCAUCGAAUGACUUCCUGAGCACCACAGGUGCGCCCGACACCACAACCUACAGACCACGUUUCAGUGAUGCACGUGGACAACAAUUGCGUAAACAAUUUUCAGCAGAAUUACAAUCGCCUCUUGGUGAGUCUAGUGAACAUGAAGAAUUUCUUCACGGUGAGCAUACUCAAUCGUUUGUCAUACCUCGCAAUAACAAAGUGAAUGCUGCUUACCCCACCGAUGCGGACAAUAAGCCAACCGAAAAUCCAUGGAAUCAUAUUUCACAAACUGAUUUCCUUGACCCCCUGACAAUUAAUGACGGACUCAUGAAGGAGCCGCGCACCACAACCGUUAGUUCAUUGAAUUUUGCGAAAAAGGAUGCCACAACAAUAAUUCCUGCCACAACGUUACGCGGCCAAUUAAAUGUGCUUUCAACGGAUGCACAACGCACCACAGGGCGUACUAAUGAGCAAUACACACGUGUCGGUUCUGCUGAAGAGACCACACGCCAUCCUGCUGCCACGAACCAAUCACCUGAAUUUGACUCUUGGCAAGAACUGUUUCACGCAUACAAUCUGCCACAAGAGUCUCUGCCCUCUAGCAAUGGUUUACAACGUAUUGCCAACAAACUGUUCGGCGGACUCAACGAAACUGAAGCAUUACAUCUGAAGAAUGUUAUGCAGCAAGCGGAACACAAUCGCCAAGUACUCAGUCUAUUGCUGUUGCUCAUACAAACGUGCGACGAUCAAAAUGGCAGAGCUUUGGAACGCUCACGAAAACAUCUUCUGAACGCGCUCAUCGAUAUGGAUGGCAAGUUGGCGAAUGAGGGUGGCAAAUCUGCACAUCACAAGGGAGUGCCCGUGCCAGCAGCCACAGCCGCAGUUUCCCAGCCAAUAGUCGCCACAACCGCACGCAUAGCGGAGACGACACUUCGGCAAGCGGCCACAACAAAUCUGCCCUUGGUCGCCAGCACCACCACUGAUGCCGGCGCGUGGACGACGACAACCGUUCCCGCAGUCACACAAUCAAGUGGCAGCAUUGAGGAGACAACGAAAUUCGAGAUACGUGUGGAGGACCCGGAGGAGAGUACAGUCAAGACAGUUGCGCCGAGUCACGGUGGCGGCAGCGGCAGCACCAGCUCGAAUUCAGAUGAGCGCGCCUUAGAACUACUCAAGUCAUUAUAUUCGUUGGCCUCAAAGUUCACAAGCAGACGAUAAGACUAGCAAUGUCAACACCGUCUGAACGAAUGCUUCGCAAUAGCUGCUUUUCCAAGGGAAAUUCUCCCCCUUUUGUCGCCUACAAGUUCUUUGGUUAAUUCAUUUAAUUUGUCCCCAGUUGAUUAACUUUAUGAUUUUCUAUUUAAUUUAACUUUAUUUUCGCUACUUUUAAUUUUAGCUAAUAUUUUUAUUAAAAAACACACAAUAUUUGCUUUUUGAAAUCGUUUGGUAUGAAAGUGAAUAUGAAAAAUUUGUUUUAAUAUUUAAUUCUCGCGAACUUUUACUUGUAAAUAAUGUUAAGUUGUAAUUGCUGGAUGAACAAGUAUUUAGCUCAAUGGCAAAUGCAUGCGAUUGCAUUUGUUUUGGGGAAAUUCGAUAAUACUCAAACCGCUUAUUGUAUUGUAUCUGAUGCGCGAAAGCGCACUAUUUUUUAUGACAAACUCUGAGUACACAUAAUUCAAUGUGUAUACUUAUUCAUUGCUUUUUGUGAACUAUUUACUUUAUUUAUGAUUUAUUUAUUUCUAAAAGAAGUGACUUAUUGUUUUUGUCGCCAAUGUAAAUAUGUAUUACUUGUUAGAGACACGUUUUAUUCAGCCACACUGUAAUAUUAUUAUUAUUUUUUGUACAUUAAUACCAACAAUUUAUGCAAUGAUCGAAUAAAUAA